UGCCGCCGUCGCUGCUCUGCCCACCGAACUGCGCCCCCCCCCCCUCCCCUCCCCCCCAUGGCAGCCAAGCCCGCCCUCUCCCUCCUGUUGGCCGUGUUGGCCUGCACGGGGCCCGCCCGCUCCUCCCCUCCCCUCUUGCUCCGCCCCCGGGAGAGAGAGAGGGACUUGGGUGUAGUCAACAUCGCUGUGGUCCACUCGGGCUCCUCCCUGCUCCCGGAGACGGCCGCUGCUGGGGGAACGGGCGCCACGAACGGGGGUCCUCAGGGGAGGGGGGCCUCGUCGUCAUUGGCUAUGGUGGCGGCGUCUGCGCCACUGGCUUCUGCUUCAGCGGCUCUGGUGGGCGGUAGCGUGAUGACGCAGUAUGGUCCAGCCAACGUGAUCUACCUGACGGUGAACGAGAGCAGCCCGGCGAGCCUUCUGCUGCAGCUGUGUGAGCUGCUGGCCACUACGCCGCUCCAGGGGCUGGUGUUCGAGGAGGAGAGGCCCCCGCCACCCGACCAGGCUCCCCUGGCCCCCAUGCUGGAGUUUGUCUCGGCCCAGACCGGAGUGCCUGUUGUGGCCGUGGGAGGAGGGGCCGGCCUGGGCAGGGAGCCACAGGAAAGCGGCUCCAUCUACCUCCAGUUCACCUGCUCCACAGCCAUGCAGCUGGACGUGGUCUUUGAGGUGCUGGAAGAGUUCGACUGGACCUCCUUCUCCGUGGUGGCCACGCGUCACCACGGCUACGAGGACUUCCUGGCCAUGGUGGAGGCACUGACGGACGGAUCCUUCAUCGGCUGGGAGAAGAAGGGCGUGGUCAUGCUCAACGUCACCGACGACCCGGGAGGGACGCGCGCGAGCAGGCUGCUCAAGGAGAACGAGGCGCAGGUGCGUCUCCUCUACUGCUCCCAGGAGGAGGCCGCUCUGAUCUUCAAGGCGGCCUGGGCCUCGGGUCAGGCCGGACACUCCCACAUGUGGUUCGCCGUGGGGCCAGCCCUGUCCGGCCUUGGCCUGGAGGGCCUCCCCAAGGCCCUGUUCGCAGUGCGGCCACAGGGCUGGAGAGACGAGCCCCGUCGGAGGAUUGCCAAAGGGGUGUCUGUGCUAACCCACGGAGCCAUGGCUCUGAGGAAGGAGUACGGCUGGGCCCGAGGGCCACACUACUUCGCAGGCAACUGCCAGACAGAUGGCAACCAGACGCAAAGGGUGCCAGACAGGAUCAGGUUCUUCAGUAACAUUACGCUGAGUGGCCGGGACUACUCGUUCAACAGUGACGGCUACCUGUCCAAUCCAGUGCUGGAUGUGAUUUCCUACACCGAGGGGAAAGGCUGGGAGGAGGUUGGCACGUGGCAGAACGGUGUUCUGGAUCUCAUCAUUCAGCCCUUUUCACGCUACGGCUCCUUCCUCAAGCCGCUGGAUGACACCCAGCACCUCAAGGUGGUCACCCUGGAGGAGAGGCCCUUUGUCAUUGUGGAGCCAGCCGACCCAGGCACCAACUCCUGCAUCCGGGACUCGGUGCCCUGCAGACUACCGCUCAACAUCACCAAUGUGCCGGUGGAUGAGAAAUCGUCGAAGCACUGCUGCAAAGGCUUCUGCAUUGACGUCCUCAAGCGAUUGGCCAAAAUAGUGGGCUUCUCCUAUGACCUCUACCUGGUGACCAAUGGCAGACACGGGAAGAGGGGGAGUGAUGGGCAGUGGAAUGGCAUGGUCGGGGAGGUGGUUUAUAAACGGGCCGACAUGGCCAUUGGCUCCCUGACCGUCAACAAGGAGAGGUCGGAGGUUGUGGAGUUCUCCGUGCCCUUCGUGGAGACAGGCAUCAGCGUCAUGGUCUCCCGUAGCAACGGCACCGUCUCGCCGUCGGCCUUCCUUGAACCAUACAGCCCAGCUGUGUGGGUGAUGAUGUUCGUCAUGUGCCUCUCCGUGGUCGCUGUCACAGUCUUUAUUUUCGAGUUCUUCAGUCCCGUCGGCUACAACCGCAGCCUGCAAAGUGCAAAGAAGACAGGGGGCUCUAAAUUCACCAUAGGGAAGUCUAUCUGGCUGCUGUGGGCGUUGGUCUUCAAUAACUCAGUGCCUGUGGAGAACCCCAGAGGAACCACCAGUAAGAUCAUGGUGCUGGUGUGGGCCUUCUUUGCGGUCAUCUUCCUGGCCUCCUACACGGCCAACCUGGCAGCCUUCAUGAUCCAGGAGGAGUACAUCGACACUGUGUCUGGCCUCAGCGACAAGAAGUUCCAGCAGCCCACUGAGCAGUACCCCCCGCUCCGAUUUGGCACCGUCCCCAACGGAAGCACAGAGGAGAACAUCCGCAGCAACUACGCCAACAUGCACAACUUCAUGAUCCGCAACAACCAGAAGGGCGUGGAGGAGGCCAUCGACAACCUCAAGACUGGUAAACUAGAUGCCUUCAUCUAUGACGCGGCUGUGCUAAACUACAUGGCGAGGAAAGACGAGGGCUGUAAGGUGAUGACCAUUGGCUCGGGCAAGGUGUUCGCCACCACGGGCUACGGCAUCGCCCUGCAUAAGAACACCCGCUGGAAACGCCCCGUGGACUUGGCCCUCCUGCAGCUGGUGGGAGACGACGAGAUCGACAUGCUCGAGCGCCUGUGGCUCUCGGGGAUCUGUCACAACGACAAGAUUGAGGUGAUGAGCUCCAAGCUGGACAUCGACAACAUGGCGGGGGUCUUCUACAUGCUGCUGGUGGCCAUGGGGCUCAGUCUGCUGGUUUUCGCCUGGGAGCACCUGGUGUACUGGAAGAUCAGGCACUGCCUGGGCCGUUCCGGUGGCAUGGACUUCCUAUUGGCUCUCAGCAGGGGUAUGUACAGUUGCUGCAAGUUUGAAGAUGAAACCGUCUCUGGAGGCCUCCGAAACACACUUCCCCUUUAUCAGAGUGUUCCCACAAUGCCGCCUCCACCCCAGUCCCACAUCUCAGCGGCUGUAACCUGUAACACCACUCUUGCCAUGAUGCAGCAGCAGCAGAGGCAUCAUCACCAGCAGCAGCAUGAGCACCAGCAGCAUGAGCAGCAGAGGCAUCAUCACCAGCAGCAUGAGCAGCAGCAGCAGCACCAGCAGCAUGAGCAGCAGCAGCAGCAGCAAGCAUACAGCAUGUUUCCUGCUGGAUCUCCUCCAACUACAGGGCACUCUGCAAUGGCCCUUGGGCCAUCAAACAGUCCCCUUUUGGAGGGUCCUAUGCCGUGCUCCACUUUUCUGCCUCGCCAUGACCGCAGAUUGGCUGUGGUAGACCGCUGGAACCGUCCCAAGCCCGGCACGGACAAGCCUAUUGGUGGCAGCGGUGGGAUCCCAGACAUGGCACAGUUUCAACAGGGCUUGCCCCCUCACUGGGCUGGGGGAGCCAGUGGAGGGGACGGUAGUCUGGAUGAAUACAAGCGAUACUAUGGCCCGAUCGAUCCAGAGGGCUUAGGGGCAAAUGCUGACCCACAAACAGGUGGCUCUCAAACCCCCAAAAUGAACCAGAGGGGGACAAAGUCCUCAGGAAUGCCACGGCUACCUUCUAAAGGACCGCCCCCUGGUCACUUAAUGUCCAAGCCCCCUUUACCGCUCCCCUCAUCCCCACAUCCACCGCCAUUUUGGAGAAGAGGCAGCCUCCCGAAAAGAAAGGGCUCCGGGGGGCCUCUGUAUGAGAACAUCCUCCCCUUGGGGAGAAGAGGGGGAGGGCGCUACGGAGUAAGGGAUGGAGGUGGCAGGCGAGGCCGUCGCCCUCCCCCACUCCCAUUGCCUGUCCCUGUCGCGUCCCCUGCCCUCACUACCCCUACCACUCCCUCUCACUCCGCCCUCUACACCUCCAGCUCCUGCUCCUCCACCUCAUCCAGUUCAUCCUCGUCCUCAUCCUCCGCCUCCCCCUCACGCUCCAACUCCCCCUCAUCCUCCACCAUCACAUACACAUCGUCCCAGAGUUUUAAGUACAGGGCUGGCAGUAGGGAUGUUGAGGACGUCUAUGACUCUGAUGAGCUGACAGAGGAGUCUAGGCUCCUGCUAGGACGGAGAAAGGGCAAAUCCCGACGCAUGUCCUCUCGCUCACUGCCUUGCAGUCCGCCCCCUCCGCCUGUACCACCCCGCAAGCCUCGUCUGCAGUAUGAGAGAGAGAGGGCUGGGAGCCAGCUAGCCCAGCUGCAGGAGUGGUGGGCCUCCUGGGGCGAGAGAGAAAGACGCAGUGGAACAGGAACCAGGGCCGAGGGGAAGGAGGAGAAACGGCAUCACAAAGAGCGAGAAAGGGAGAGAAAGAGGAGGAAGAAAGGCCGGAAGAAAAAAAAGAGAGAGGAGAAGGAGAGGGAGCGGGAGCGCAAGCGGCGUAAAGUGAAGGAGAAGAAGAAGAAGAGAGAGGACAAGGCGAAGAGAAGAGACCGGGGCAAGCGGUCAGAGCACGAGGAGGGAGGUGGUGAGCAGAGAGGGCAGCUCAAAGCGAUAAUGCAAGAGGCCUACUCCUCCUACCCGGCUCCGAGGCGUGACUCCAUGAGGAAAAAGAGUGAAGGUUCUAUCAGAAGUUACGGAUGGGAUAUUCCAAGGGAGGAAGAGAGGAGGGACAGCGAGGACAAGGCAAGAGAUGGAGAGGACACUAGAGGCAAGGAAAGGCACAGAAGUCCUUACUCUCGCCACAGGCAUGCAGGUAGGCCUUCCAGUUCCAGCAAGCAGUGCCAGAGCCCCAGAAAACCCUCAACCGCUGUCAAGUUCUGGGGAGCGGGAAACCCAUCGUCAGAGAUUCCUUCGUCUGCAUUUCUGCCACUGAUCCCUCUCUCGUCCAGGCGCAGGAGUAAGGGUUCAGGUAGAGCGGUCCUAGGGAAAGAAGGGGAGACGCGCCCCCUGUUGGGCGGGAACGAGAGAGUGGAGGUUCACUCCAAAGAAGGUCUGUCGUUUCACGAGUGGGACUCCGAAGAUGAGGAUGAAGAUUCCGAGGAGGAAAGGAGAAAAGUGGAGCAAGAGAAGAGACACGAAAGAAGACGAAGGACCGCAUCAGAGUCCGAAAGGGAAAGUGAUAAGAUGGUGGGCAUCUACUCAGACGACGACGGCUCCUCGGGAGAAUUUGGAAAGUUCGAAAGGUACUGGGAGGGUCAUGAGGGUCGAGCGGUUGGGGGAAUAGGAGGGGGAGGCUGGUUUUUCGGCACUUAUCCCGCCAGAGAAAAAGCCGGCAGCAUAAACAGUAGGGAUGGCUCGUUAUUGGGCCGUGGGGAGGGAUGGGGCGGAGCAGGGGGAGUAGGGGAAGGUGGCUGGGGAUCAGGGAGGAUAGGUGGUACACAGUGGCCUCCACCUCCAUUGACACCACCAGCUCCUCGAAGAUACUGGUCCGUGGACAAGCUUCCUGUGAAGGAGGAGAAGAAAGAGAGACGGAAGGACAAGGACAAAGGGCGAGGUGAUGUGGCUUGCAACUGCCAAUCUGCCCUCGAACAUCAACACGCUCACUCUAAAUUGGCCAAGGUGAGCUCCCCUAGCCAGGAGGAACUAUUUCUACACUGUCAAAGCUUUGUGACCAGCGCCAAUUCCAAACGGCAUUCCUUCAAACCCGACCGGACCCAGAAUCAACCCAAAUCGGGAAGCCAGUCCAACCUCAGCAUCCAGCGGACAGACCGCAUUCGGCAGCCUUCUACAUCGCAGCCGUCUUCUAUGGCUUCUGCUAGUGCCAAACUCCUGUACCAGAGACUGCGCUCAGUGCCUCCGCCCCAAAGGUUACAGUCACCUCACCUGCCCCUCAAGGCCAAGAGCCUCUGCUCACGGAGGGGGUCUGCACACUUCUCCAGUGUGGAGAGCGAGGUGUGA